AUGGCCGUAGCGUACGGUAUACAUUUGGGAAAUAGCUCUGGAUCCUUGGGUGCUUUAGCAAAUGGUACAUCUUCGGUAUUGGCAAAUGAUGCGGGGGAUAGAGUGACUCCAGCUAUAGUAGCCUUACAUGGUUCUGAGUGGGAGGUCGGUUUACCUGCGAAAUCAGGUCAAGCUUCUUCAAAAUCCAUUAUAAAACAUAACAAAAGGCUUAUGAACUGUGACUGGAACGACGAAGACCUUAACUUUGUAGAAAAAUCGUCCUCAUGUCGUAUUCAAAAUGAAGAAAAAUUAGUGUAUGAGUUUGAAACAUCUGAAACAAAGAUAUAUUCAAGUCCUGACAGUAUAGCUACAAAGAUUUAUGCAAAGCUUUUUACAAUUGCAAGCCAUUCUGUUAAAGAUGAGGGUGAUUUAAAGUUAGUAUUAGCUGCUCCACUGCAUUGGUCACACUCAAGUCGUGAAAGACUAGUGAAAUGUGCUGAACUCGCUGGCUUUGAGGUGUUGCAAGUAAUAAGUGAACCAGCUGCGGCUUGCUUGGCCUAUAACAUAGAAGAAUCUAUUAAUGAUAUUAAUGUGUUAGUUUACAGACUUGGGGGCUCUACUUGUGAUGCCUCCAUAAUAAAAAUAUCAAAUGGUUUUAUUAGCAUUGAAAAGAAUAUUUAUAGAAGUGACCUGGGUGGGCAGUGGCUUACUAAAGACUUGGCAGAUUUUAUUGCACAAGAGUUUAAACAAAGAUGGAAACUAGAUCCUCAAGAAAGCCGUAGAGCUAUGGCUAAACUUUUACAUCAUGCUGACAAUUGUAAGCAUGUCUUGUCAACCUUAAAUUCUGCUCAUGUAUUUAUUGAGUCUUUAGUAGAUGGUGUUGAUUGGAGUCAGAAUGUUUCUCGAGCAAGAUUUGAAAAUAUAAUAUCAUCAAAAAUUUCUUCUUAUAUUGAACCAGCUCAAAAGCUUAUUGAGACAUAUGGUGAAUCCAUAAGUAAAAUUGUUCUAUGCGGUGGAAGUAUGAAAAUUCCAAAGUUGCAGUCGGCAAUUGCAAAUUUGCUUCCAAAUGCUGAAAUAUUGUCUGGAAUUAACCCAGAUGAGGUUAUUGCAGUGGGAUGUGCUAAACAAGCUGGAAUGAUUUUAGAUUUUCCAAAUUUAUCUCUCACUGAUGUCAAUACUGAGGUUGAAUUUUUAGGCCAAGACAUUUAUCUGAAAUAUUUAGAUCAGACUGUUAAACUUUUUAAAGAAGGAACACCACUGUAUACACAAUUUACUUGUGAUAUAGAAACACCUAAGGAUUUAAAAAACAUUAGUUUUUCUUUGCAUACUUUGCCAGAGGAGGAUGAAUUUGCAAAAGAAGAAUUCAACAUAGAACAUUUAAAUAAACCUUUUAAGUUAAAAGCAGUACUUCAUGAUUCAAAUUUUAUGUUACAAAUUGAAUGA